GAGAAACGAAGCCCCGCCCGCUGCCGCCCGGAAGGCGCCGGGAGCGCCCGGAAGCGGGAGGCGGCGCCGCGGCUGCCACGUUGGAGCGGGCCGGGAGUGGGUGAACGCCGGGCCGGGACUGGAGUGCGGCAAAAUGAAGCUGAAAGAGAUUGACCUCACUGCCAUGCAGGCAUGGAGUCCUGCCCAGCAGCACCCCAUUUACCUGGCCACUGGCACAUCAGCCCAGCAGUUGGAUGCAAGUUUCAGCACAAAUGCUUCCCUGGAAAUAUUUGAGUUGGACUUAUCAGACCCUUCACUGGACAUGAAGUCGUGUGCCGUCAUUUCUUCCUCUCACAGGUACCACAAACUGAUCUGGGGGCCGCACAGCAUGACUGCAGGUGAGAGCGUCUCUGGAGUCCUGAUUGCUGGGGGUGAGAAUGGGAAUGUCAUUCUGUAUGACCCAGCCAAAAUCUUACUUGGAAACAGUGAAGCAAUAAUUGCUCAGAAAGACAAGCACACAGGACCAGUGAGAGCACUUGAUGUCAACAUGUUUCAGACUAAUCUGGUGGCCUCUGGUGCUAAUGAGUCUGAAAUCUAUAUCUGGGACUUGAAUAAUUUCGCCACACCGAUGACUCCAGGAGCGAAGACUCAGCCUCUUGAGGACAUCAGCUGUAUUGCAUGGAACAGACAAGUCCAGCACAUCCUGGCCUCUGCCAGCCCCAGCGGACGAGCUACUGUGUGGGAUCUCAGGAAGAACGAACCCAUCAUCAAAGUCAGUGACCACAACAACCGGAUGCACUGUUCAGGCCUGGCCUGGCACCCCGAUGUUGCUACCCAGAUGGUUUUGGCUUCAGAGGACGACAGGUUACCUGUGAUUCAGAUGUGGGACCUUAGAUUUACCUCCUCACCACUGCGUGUUUUGGAAAGCCAUACGAGGGGUAUACUGGCCAUUGCUUGGAGUAUGGCAGAUUCAGAGCUGCUACUGAGCUGUGGGAAGGAUGCCAAAAUACUAUGUUCAAACCCUAACACAGGCGAGGUGCUGUAUGAGUUGCCCACAAACAUGCAGUGGUGCUUUGAUAUCCAGUGGUGUCCCAGAAACCCUGCCAUCUUCUCUGCAGCUUCGUUCGAUGGACGGAUCAGCAUUUACUCCAUCAUGGGAGGCAGCACAGAUGGUUUGAGGCAGAAGCACGUUGACCAGCUUUCGUCCUCAUUUGGGAACCUUGAUCCAUUUGGUACAGGGCAGCCUCUCCCACCCCUGCAGCUUCCCCAGCAGACUGCACCACAGAGUGUUGUUCUACCCCUAAAGAAACCCCCCAAGUGGAUCCGGCGACCUGUGGGAGCGUCGUUUUCAUUUGGAGGCAAGCUGGUUACAUUUGAAAAUGUCAAGCCUCAACAACAGCCAGGCAUCGACCAACAGCCGCAGCAUCACUAUGUCUAUGUGAGUCAGGUUGUUACAGAGAAGGAAUUCCUGGCACGAUCGACCCAGCUGCAGGAGGCUGUGCAGUCCGAAGGCUUUGUCGGCUACUGCCAGAAGAAAAUUGACAUGGCCCAGGCUGACUUUGAGAGAAACGUGUGGGCCUUCUUAAAGGUGAACUUUGAGGAAGAUUCACGUGCUAAAUAUCUCGAACUGUUGGGAUACAGGAAAGAUGAUCUGAGGAAUAAAAUUACAUCAGCUCUGAAUCUGAAUAAAGAGUGUUGUGCAGAUGGUGAAUUAGGAGAGGCUCCCACAGAAUCGGAUGUGCCUUUACUGAACAAAGGGGAUGAAGGCCAGACUGCAGAGGAACAGUUCUUGGGAGAGAGGGCCAAGGACAACAAACAAGAAAUUGAAGACUUGGGAUCUGCAAGAAAGACUUUUAAUAUCUCUGUCAGUGGAGAUGUGGACGGUUUGAUCACCCAAGCUUUGCUGACUGGUAACUUCGAGAGUGCAGUAGAUCUCUGCUUGCACGAUAAUCGCAUGGCUGACGCCAUUAUCUUGGCCAUCGCAGGUGGACAAGAGCUGCUUUCUAGGACACAGGAAAAGUACUUUUCUAAGAUACAGAGCAAAAUUACCAGGCUCAUCACUGCAGUAGUAACAAAGAACUGGAAGGAGAUUGUGCAGUCUUGUGAUCUGCAGAAUUGGAGAGAAGCUUUGGCUGCUGUGCUCACUUACGCCAGGCCAGAUGAGUUUGCAGCCCUCUGUGAUCUUCUGGGUAACAGACUGGAGAGCGAGGGGGACAGCCUGCUGCGAACACAGGCUUGUCUCUGCUACAUUUGUGCCGGCAAUGUGGAGAAGCUUGUUGCCUGUUGGAGCAAAGUUCAGGAUGGAAACAGCCCCUUGUCUCUUCAGGAUUUAAUAGAGAAGGUGGUGAUCCUACGCAAGGCCGUCCAGCUCACCCAGGCCGUGGACACUAAUGCUGUGGGGGCUCUUCUGGCUGAGAAGAUGAGCCAGUAUGCCAACCUCCUGGCUGCUCAGGGCAGUAUUGCUGCAGCUCUGACCUUCCUGCCUGCAAACACUGACCAGCCGAAUAUUAUGCUAUUAAGGGACAGGCUUUGCAGAGCCCAAGGGGAAUUGCCAGCAGGACAGGAAGCCAUCAGGGCACCAUAUGAGAGACAGCCCAUGCCCAAAGAUCGAGCUGGCCCUGUGGUGGGACAGGUGCCAGGGCCUCAAACUUCAGCACAGCAGUACUACCAACAGGUUAGAAUUGCCCCUACUGUCACUACCUGGAGUAACAAAACUCCCACUGCCCUUCCCAGCCAUCCUCCUGCAGGCUGUCCCUCUGACACACAGGGGGACAAGCCACCUCCUCCAGGUUUUAUCAUGCCAGGUACUGUUAACCCCAGCGCACCACCACAGCAAGCCACAUCUCCAAGCUACAGCAUGUACUCGCAAGCAGGCACCCGGCCAGCGUACCCACAGACGUAUCAGAGCACACAGCAGUACUCUUUUGGAACGGGGGAAACAGCUCUGUAUCAGCCCCAGCAGCCUAUUGCUGCCCCUGCUUCAGCCUCUUACCCAAGCCCUGCCUCUAACACCAACCCUCCCUACCUACCCACUGCGCACCCUGUGCCCUCCCCACUGUACCCUGGGCAGCCUCAGCCCUCCCCGACGAGCCUGAACCCUGCCUCUUCAUUCCCCCUUCCUCCUUCUGGUGCAUCCUUUCAGCAUGGCAGGCCAGGACUUCCAGCAACUUCUGUGGCUUAUGCGUUACCUACUGGACCAACAGGUACUCUGCCUGCAGCCAGUGACCUUCCUGCAUCCCAGAGAACAGUUCUUUGCUUUUUAUCUGCAGAAAACCUACCAGCUCAAGACCAGGCCUCUCCCUUGGCAGGUGAACUAGGACCUCAGAACGGCUGGAACGACCCUCCUGCCCUGAACAGAGCUGCCAAGAAGAAAAAGGUCCCCGAUAACUUCAUGCCCCCAGUUCCCAUCACCUCACCCAUCAUGAACCCGUUGGCGGAUCCACAGGCACAGAUGCAGCAGCCUCCAGCAGCCCCAGUGGGCACACCCAGCUUCCAGCCUCCGCAGCUCCCUGCAGGGCAGCAGGCACCACCGGGCCCCUAUGCACCCCAGGCUCUGGGGCCGUGUGUCGUGCCUCCCACUACCUUCAAACCCAGGACAGAGGGAGCUCCUGGGGCCCCAAUAGGCAAUGCCAUCCAGCAUGUUCAGGCAUUGCCAACAGAGAAGAUAACCAAGAAGCCCAUCCCUGAGGAGCACCUUAUUCUGAAGACAACAUUUGAAGCCCUUAUCCAGAGGUGCCUGCUGUCUGCUUCUGAUCCGCUGCUGAGGGGGCUUCCACACAUGACAUGAGAGUUCUGCACCCAGUGUUCUUUUCUAUGCCCUUUGCCAUCUGAACAGCUUCCCCUAGUUUCUGGCAGAGCAGGUAAGCCUUCCCUUAGCCUUAGAUUUUCUCUCUCUGCAAUUACUUAACCCAGGGAGAAUUUUCCUGUUUCUGGGGAGAUUCAUUUGAAGAUGGGUUGAUGCAUGGGUACUGAUGUAGGAGUAGGUUCCAACGCACUUGUGCACUGAUAGAAAUUAUACUGCUAACUGACCUUAUUUUUGCUUUUGUAAUUGUAAUCUGAAUGCUCUGCUAACGUGUUUUCUUGUUAUUUUGGAGUAAAAUAUUUUAUUUCUGUAGCUGUUUGAAAAACCAAGUGGAUGUAAUGCAUUUCCCAAGGAGGUGCAGUGCUGUGAAAUAUAAUGGGAUGAUUUUUAAGAGUCUCGUGGCAAAGUCACUCCAUAGAUACCAGUGGGUGGUUUAGUCUACCUGGAACUCAUGGAAGCAGAAAGGAUCUUUAAGAACAGUUUGGGUUAGGCUAUUAGUUUUUCUGUUGACAGCUUCUGGUCACUAGUCAGGCAAUGAAAAACAUAGCUAGAACUUGCUGUAAAUGAUGACUGCUUGUGCCCUUCAGUUCUCAGUGACAUUACUGGAUACUUAAUUUCAGUAAUAUCUUUAUUCAGCCAUUGCAGUGCUUUGCCAGUACGCCAUCAAACAAGAGUCCUGCUCAAUUUCUGUCCCACUUUGCAUGCCAGCUGUACUGGUGGGUUUUACAAAUGACCCUUUGGAUGUGCCUUUAAAGGUUACUGUGCUAUAUAGGUAACUGGAGCAGUUGCAUGUGGGGAACUGAAUUUCACCUGGUCUUUCCUAGCAAAAUGAAGGGAGAAAAAUACAGAGCAGAACCAUCAGGAAAAUGGUUUUGUCGAAAACAUUUCAUGUGUUGCAUAGACCUCUUUGCCAUGUGCUUACUAUUGCCCAUUCUUAAUGUGUUUUUC